AUGGUUCGAACUUACAAACGUAAAACAGAUGGGCCAACGUACAGCGAAGAAGAUCUUAAACAUGCCGUUAAACAUAUUGAAGUUGAAAAAUGGUCUUAUAGAAAAUCUGGUGCCCAUUUCAAAAUACCUUUAGGUGCUUUAUCAUCUCAUAUUUUAAAAUUACUGAAUACAAAUAUCGGACAUCCCACCGCUUUAGCAUGUGAAGAAGAACGAUAUUUAGUAGAUCUUAAAGCGAUGGAAGACCGAAUUAAAAAUUAUGUUUAG